UACAAGAACAGCAGGUCAGGCCGUCAAUACUUCUUUCCAAACUCACUGGAAUGACUCUCAAGUAUCCGCUUCACAAGUUGCAAAUGGAAAUUCAUCCCUACAGAGUCUUAAAGGGGAUAAAGGAACAACUGGGACCACAGUACCAAAAGGGGAUACUGGAACCACUGGACCUACGGGACUAAAAGGGGAAAUGGUCCAAAAGGGGACAAAGGAGAUAUAUGCACUACAGGACUGAAAGGGAAUAAUGGAAACCUCAGGGACUCCUGGAGCUAUGGGAGCAAAAGGGGGCCACGGACCAAAGGGAGACAAAGAAGAAAUAGCUACUGCAGGGCCGAAAGGGAACGAUGGAAUCCCAGGGCCUGGUGGACCUAUGGGAGCAAAAGGGGGCCACGGACUAAAGGGAGACAAAGGAGAAAUAGGUACUGCAGGGCCGAAAGGGAACGAUGGAACCACUGGCACUACUGGGAAUAUAGGACCAAAAGGGGAUCAAGGUCCUAAUGGAGACCAAGGAAAAAUAGGAACCGAGGGGCCUAAAGGGAAUACUGGUACACAUGGAAUUAAGGCACAAACAGGGGAAAUUGGGGGAACUGGAGCCAUGGGUCAAAAAGGGAACUAUGGUUUACCUGGGAGUAGGGGACCACAAGGAGCUUCUGGAAGACCAGGUUUAGAAGGACAAAAAGGGAACAAAGGGACGCAUGGGGCUGCUGGACCUUUAGGACCCCCAGGGUACAUUGGUCAUCCGGGGAUUACAGGACGGAAAGGAGAUGCUGGAAAUCCUGGAAUUGUGGGACAGAAAGGGGAUACCGGAGGCCAAGGGACUCAAGGAGAGAAAGGGGAGACAGGAUUAGACAGGACUGUUCACGACAUAGCGUUUUCGGUAGGAAAAAAUCUAAAACAUCACGGUCAUCUCCCUCAUGUGGUGUUUGAGGAUAUUUAUAUGAAUAACGGACAUGACUACCAUCCAUCGACUGGGGAAUUUACCUGUGAUGUAGCGGGAAUGUACUUGUUUACGUUGUCUGCUAAUGUCAGCCCGGGACAUGAGAUGCUGUUCUAUAUGAAAAAUAACGGACAUCAUUGGCGCUACAUGGCAGUCUCUGGAAGUGGAAGUCAUCACCAAACAGGCUCUGUCUCAGCUCUUAAUAGAAUGAAACACGGAGACAUUAUGACGGUAGAGCUGACACGCAAUACAGAUAACACCAUGGCCACCACUACGUUUGAAGGCGUUUUACUUUAUUGAUGAAAAAUAAAAUCAUC